GCAAGGUAUAUAAAUUCUUCCAUUGCUCAGGCGUCAAUACAAAAUAUGUCAUGGAUGCAACAGUUCUGGCUGUAGUGCUGGCGCCAAAAUAAAGAAGCAGGUUUGCGGCAGAAAGUCAUUAUUUGCGAACUUAAACAGCUCACAUCCAGGUAUCAAUUUUCCGUGUAAACAGGGAAGUCUGGUCAUAGAUGGAAACUGGUAGUUUCAAGGAGAGAGACAGAAAACUUGCAUGUGACAUUAAAGAAAAGAUAGAAGCCAUUUCAUCUUUGAAAUCUAUCUUCAGAGUGCCGGUGAAACUUAGGCGCUCAGAUAAUGUUCCUGAGGAUGAAAUAUAUAUCAGGAGCUCACACAAUGUUCCUGAGAAUGAAAUGUAUAUCCCUGAUUUAGUUUCUAUUGGUCCCUUCCAUCACGACAAUGAAAACCUAAAACUCAAGGAAGAUCACAAGUUGCAUUACCUUUAUACUCUGCUCAGUCGCAAGCCGAACCUGGAAGCAACGUUGCACGAAUGUGUGAUGGCGCUGAGAGAUAUAGAGCAAACAGCAAGAAACUGCUAUGAAGAAACACUCAAUCUCACCAGCGACGAGUUUGUGGAAAUAAUGCUCCUUGAUGGCUGCUUCAUCAUCGAGCUUUUCUUAAAAUAUGCUUUUAAGGGUCUGAGACGCCGUGGUGAUCCCAUCUUCACCUCCGAGCUGUUCUUUGCAGUCAGGAAAAACCUCAUUUUGUUAGAAAACCAGAUUCCAUGGAUGGUUCUUCAGAGUCUGUUCGUGAUUGUGCCCAUUCCAGCACAGUGUACUCUAACCGAGCUUGCACUCGGUUUCUUCAAAAACAUGUUACCAGGAGAACGGGCCUUUCUCAGAGAGAAGUUCAGCCAAGAAGGUAACCAUUUGCUCGACCUUAUCCACCAGUGCUAUAUCCCUACAAAUUCAAUAGUUGAGUCAAACAUAGCUGGUGGAGAACCAAAAGCAAAAGAUGCCGAGUCUGCAACAAAACUUAAGAAACAAGGAAUCAAGUUCAUGAAGUUCACAGCCACAAGCUUGUUAGACAUAAGCUUUUCUGAUGGGGUUUUUGAGAUUCCUCCCCUUGUAACCAAGAAGUACACCAAGGUUCUGUUUGCAAACCUUAUUGCACUUGAGCAGCAUCACUCUCAUCAGAUUCAGUACUUCACAUCUUAUGCCUUGCUCAUGAAAGACUUCAUCCAAGAUGUGAAAGAUGCCAGAUUGUUCAGGCAUCUGAGGAUUGUGGUCAGAGAAAGUGAAGACGAGGUCGAUGAUAACGUGGAUGAAGAAGUUCUUUCACUCUUUAACAGUCUUUGCGAAGGAGUGGAUUUGAAGAGGUUUUAUUAUGCAGGAGUUGAGGGGCAGGUCAAAGAGUAUAUAACAAGAAGGAAAUCAUGGCGGAAGAAACUGGAAUGCAGUUGUUUCACUUGACUUUUGGUUUUCAACACUUGGGCUCAUUCUCCGCAAGCUUUUUUUUGGUUUUCUGUGAGUUUCACAGUUCACAUUCUUUCACAGCAAUGUCCAGCCAAGAGAAAGAGAGAGAGAGAGAAAAAAGGAGUGCUUUCCCCUGUUUUUGAUCGCCAACAGCAACAGGGUUGUAAUAACUUCGUGAGAUUUUGUGAUGAAUGAUUUAUAAUCAUUUCAAAUUUACAGCAAA